GACGCUCAACAAUGGCCCCUCCUUCAACUUUUUUCCUCCUUCGUUUUUUUCCUCCUCCAGUGAAGUGCGUGAAUUUCAUACCAAACCCAUACUUCGCAUUCCACCUUUACUGUCAAACCAGGAGAAAUAUUACUGAAAACAAUAACGGGCUCGGAAAAAAAUAGGUUUUGAAUUAUUGAUAUUUCGUCCUUCUCCUGUACUGCUGGACGGAUUUUCUGAAUAAAGGACUGUCAAGAAGAGAAAGGACUGAGCGACCUAACGCUAGGCUAUUUGGGAAGAUAAUUCGCGCAGACCCCUACAUCUACGUUUACAGUAUCUGCGCAGUGUGGGCUCGUGACAGAGCCCGGUAGGAGCCGGCACCAUUGCGUCAAACGAGUGGAGCGCGAACGGCAGCCCGCAGCCGGGUCUGGAGGACGGCGCAGAUGAGCUGGACAAGACCAUGGAUGGUGAUGCCGAGGGCGUGUGGAGCCCUGACAUCGAGCAAAGCUUCCAGGAGGCACUGGCCAUCUACCCACCUUGUGGCCGGCGCAAGAUUAUCCUCUCCGACGAGGGCAAGAUGUACGGUCGGAAUGAGCUGAUUGCCAGGUACAUCAAGCUGAGAACAGGAAAAACACGCACGAGGAAACAGGUUUCUAGCCAUUUGCAGGUUCUUGCCCGAAGAAAAUCUCGCGAAAUACAGUCAAAGCUGAAGGCCAUGAACUUGGAUCAAGCAUCCAAAGACAAGGCUCUGCAGAAUAUGGCAUCCCUCUCCUCAGCUCAGAUUGUGUCUCCAAAUCUCCUCAGCCCAGAGCGUGUCUCCAAGCUCCCACUGCCCCAACCACCUUAUCCGCCUGCGCCUCGGUUUUGGCCGACUCCAAUCCCAGGACAACCUGGACCCUCUCAGGACAUCAAGCCUUUUGCACAGCCUUACACGAACCUGUCUGGCCCUGUUCCACCUCCUAUAUCAGCGUACGAGCCGCUGGCUCCACCCCUUCCGCCAGCUGCCACAGCUGUGCCCGUGUGGCAGGAUCGCACCAUUGCCUCCUCCAAGCUGCGCAUGCUUGAGUACUCGGCCUUCAUGGAGGUCCCCCGUGACCAGGACACCUACAGCAAGCAUCUGUUUGUGCACAUCGGGCAAACCAACCCCUCAUACAGUGACCCCCUGCUGGAGGCGGUGGACAUCCGGCAGAUUUAUGACAAGUUUCCCGAGAAGAAAGGGGGGCUGAAAGAGCUGUAUGAAAAGGGCCCCCAGAAUGCCUUCUUCCUAGUCAAAUUCUGGGCGGAUCUGAACAGCAGUGACAUGCAAGAUGGACCCGGGUCUUUCUACGGCGUCAGCAGCCAGUACUGCAGCACUGAGAACAUGACCAUCACUGUCUCCACCAAGGUCUGCUCCUUUGGCAAGCAGGUUGUGGAGAAAGUGGAGACGGAGUAUGCACGAGUAGAGGGUGGCAAGUGUGUGUACAGGAUCCACCGCUCGCCCAUGUGUGAAUACAUGAUCAACUUUAUCCACAAGCUCAAGCACCUACCUGAGAAAUACAUGAUGAACAGCGUCUUAGAGAACUUCACCAUUUUACAGGUGGUGACCAACAGGGAAACGCAGGAGACACUGCUCUGCAUAGCAUUCGUGUUCGAAGUGUCGACAAGCGAACACGGGGCGCAGUACCAUGUCUACCGGCUCGUCAAAGACUAGCUGCGAGUGCGGGCGCCAGGGCUUCGUGAACGGACCCUCCCGCCGCUCACGCAGUCGCCACCACACACUGUCCGGACGUCAGAGCAGUACGGCAGCAUGUUGCCCAGAAUGGACACACAGUUUUAACUUAUCCAUCGCCGGCCCGGGCCCGUCGCGCAUGCGGCAGGACGCUCGAGCAGCGGGACGUGAACGAGUGGAAAGAAGGAAUGUAGUAUUGCUCUGUUAAAGGACAAUCCUUUUUUAUACGUAUUUAAAUGCCUUAAAAAACAAAGUGGGUCACAGGUUUUGCCAAGUACAAAUUCUAAAUGUCUUUUAUGCUUUUGUUGUUUUGUUUUUUUUGUUUUUGUUUUUUGUCUUCACUGGGGGACUAUGAAUGUUGAACGUGUCAGCAGGUAGGAAGGUCUUUAAUAAUGAAAGACAAUGUGUCCUUCGUAGGUGCACAGUGUGUACUAUAAGUAAGGACCAGGACCCCAACAGGAGGGUUGCAGAAAUUUUCAUAAAGGACACGUCUGCUGAAAAUAUACUGCUACUGUUUCUCCUAAGAGAACAUCACUGAAACAAUAUAAAUCAAUAUAAAACCUGAUAUUAAAUAACAACUGUGAGGCCAUCACCAACUUCCACUUCCCUCUCUUCUGUGGGGAUUUUUUUAGUUUUACUCCUAAAUGAAAUUCAAACAAUUUAAUCAUUGUUAAUGAGCUCAGCUCAUCACAUGACCAUGUGUAGAAUGAGAAACACUGCAGCAUAUUUGCAUGGACCUGUCCUUUAGGACGUAUCAGAACCUGGACGGCUUACGUGGCCGCCAAAUGAUUUUAUUACGUAGGUGAAAGUGACAAGUGCCUCUCUCCAAAGUACACAAUGUGGAUUGACAUUCUGAAGUGCCUUUUUUGACUACCUCUCAACACAAAUCAAUACAAAUAUGUGCUAAUGUUUUUGAUACUAGAGCAUAACUAAGCCUUUAGGGUUUGGUUUUCUCCUUCUCAGAACUGACUUCAUUUUUUUCCUCCAAAAUGUUUAUUUGCUGUUUAUACAUGUACAUUGGCGCAUGAGUAACUGUUUGUUUCAAACGUGUUCGUUACAAACGGAUAGUGACACGUACUAAGGAGAGUUUUAAAAACAUUGAGGACAUGACUGUCAGCAUGUAGACGUUUAGCAUUAAAUUACCCUCUAACACGAAGAAAAUGGCUUUACUGUGGCUUAAAAGUCAGUAAUUUUAAGAUGGUAGUGGUACUAUACCUCUGUAAUGUUUCUUGUUUUUGUUGUUUUUGACAGUGGAAAAUCUUGCCUUUUGUUUUAAUGUAUUCUUUGGUGCUUUUGGAUCUUUUUGGAUUCAGCAUUACAGGACUUUGCUUACCAAGAAAGACUUCAUUCUCCCUCAAAUAAGCUCUUGUGCCAUCCUCAACUAUUCAGAAUCUACAUCUGAACAUGCCUCCACAGUCAAUGGAGAACACUGGGGACUUGUGGGUAAAUGCAAACUCACCAAUUUGUUUUUAUCCAAUUUUUUUUUUUAACUGCCCCCAUGUGUUUAAAAGGGAUAGUAAACACUUUGUUCUUGUCAUUCCCUCCUGUCUGUUAAAGUUUGAGGUUAGUUCUUUGCAUGUGCAUCACAUUUUAGAUGUAAUGUUCAACCUUGUUGAACUUCAAGUUAAUGCUGUGUUCAAAAUCACUGCCCACUGCUGCCCUAAUGCACCCAAUUGGACAUGUAUUCCCAAUAAUGGGAUCAUGGAUAGUGCACUGCUGCAGAGUGUUUGUAUCAAUAACUUGAAUUUUUUUAAAUAACCAAAUUGGAUGGAAAGAGCUGUGAAAGUAUGUCCCAGAAGAGUACUUUCCCUCUCCAAAAUGUGGCAGACACUGAUUUUUAGAGUCCUGCUUGAGUGAAAAAAGCUAUUCCAUCUUUUAGAGAAAGUAUUUUAAUAUUCAUAUUACGAUUAACUAAGGGUACUAUAUUGUCUGGGUCUUAAGAAAGCCCUUCCUCUGAUAAACCCAAGUAUUGUACCAUGUUUAAACCAAACUGAAACAAAACUUCAAGGUGUUUUGACGUUUUAUUUAUCCAAGCAUAAAGGUAAAUAUGCAUAAAGAUUAAUACAAGAAAUGUAAAAUAAUCAAAAACAGUUACAGGGUUUUUAUCAUGAUGCAGAAAAUAUCUCAUGAUUCAGCUGAUUUAUUGUGAAGGGUUUGUUAUAAGAAUUAAGGAAAAACAAGAUUUGGCUUAAUAAACAAAAAAACUGGCAACCAGUCCAUUUAUGACAAAAAUGACAAGGUACUGACAAUAACAGACUUCACGUUUCAAGCUGACGUUUUAUUUCAGAACAUUGGAUUGGUACAGCCUUAACCUAUAACUAGUGUCGUCUGUGAAUUUUGGCACUCGCUUCCUCAAUUGUACUUUUUUUUUUUUUUGGUUUGUUUUUUGUUUUUACAGGCUCGUUUUGUUUUUUUUAUAAUUAAUUAUAUGUUGCUCUUUGACUUUCAAUUAAUGCCGUAUGCAUAAAUUGAAAAUGUGUGUUACUGUUGAGAUUUUAUAUAAUAAUCUAAACGGUGUUGGAAUUUUUUCCCUCCUUACCCAGUAACAGUUCACUGUGGCCUUGGUUACCAGUUGUGCAUUGAAGUCAUUUAUAAUAUGUUAUCUACAAUGUGAGGGGUUUGUACAAUAUAAUCUAAACAGUAUGUAUAGCAAUACCAAUAAAUUGUCUUGGUUCCCCUUGGGACAUUUUUCUUCAUAAAACCUG